AUGAGUGGACUCCCGCCGCAAAGGCGGCCAACAAACGCGGGCUCCAAAUUAUUAACACCACAGGAAAAUGAAAUCCUGUUCAACUACCUCGGCAGGAAAUGCAUAUCGCUCUCCUCAGCAGUGGUCCAGUUGUUCACCGCAGACAGGAACUCUACCUGGAGCAAGAGAUGCUGCGGAGUGGCCUGUCUGAUCAAAGACAACCCCCAACGCUCCUACUUCAUUCGAGUGUUCGACCUCAGGGACGGAAAGGUGACGUUUGAACAGGAGCUCUACAACAGCUUCAGCCUCUCCCCCUCCAGGCCGUACUUCAUUACCUUUGCUGGAGACACAUGCCAAGUCGGUCUGAACUUUUCCAAUGAGGAGGAAGCAAAGCACUUUCGUCGAAAUGUGUCCGAUCUUGUUGGGAGAAGACAGAGGAAGACUGAGAAAAGACGUGACCCUCCAAAUGGUCUAGCGUUGCCGAUGGCCACGGUCGACAUAAAAAACCCAGAGAUCAGUGUCCCACGUUUCCAUAACAACUCUCAGGUAAACAACAUCGUGCCCUCAUCCUUCCCCAAGAGAGAGAAGAAGCCUAAAGGAGGCAAGAAGAAGAAGCUGACCAAGGCUGACAUCGGCACGCCCAGCAAUUUCCAACACAUCGGCCAUGUUGGUUGGGAUCCAAACACUGGCUUUGAUCUGAAUAAUUUGGAUCCAGAAUUAAAGCACCUGUUUGAUAUGUGUGGUAUCUCCGAGACUGACCUAAAGGACAAAGAGACCUCCAAAGUGAUCUAUGACUUCAUUGAAAAAAAGGGAGGAGUGGAGGCAGUUAAAAAUGAGCUGAGGAGACAAGGUCCUCCCCGGUUGGGUGCUCCGCCUCCUCCCCCUUCCCGCGGUGGUGCACCUCCUCCUCCUCCCCCUCCACACCACGGCUCUGCUCCUCCCCCGCCUCCUCCGGCUCGGGGCGGUCGUGGAGCUCCUCCCCCACCCCCGCCCUCCAGAGCCCCGUUCAACGCACCCCCUCCACCCCCGCCCAGCCGACCGGGAAUGGGCGCACCACCACCACCACCGCCUCCCAGCCGCGGCUCCCUGCCUCCCCCUCCUCCCCCUGCCCACGCCUCUCUGCCUGUAGGCCCUCCUCCUCCACCGCCACCUCCUGCAGCGCCCUCUGCUGGAGGAGUGCCCCCACCACCUCCUCCGCCUCCACCCCCACCCGGCCCUCCUCCUCCCGCACCACCACCCUUGCCCGCUGCUGGCCUGGAGACCGAGGGAGGAGAGGGCAAGGGUGCGUUGCUCAGUCAGAUCCGCGAGGGCGCAAACCUCAAGAAAGUGGACCAGAAGGAGCGGCCCGUGUCGUCAGUGGGCAGAGACGCACUCCUGGACCAAAUCAGACAAGGAAUACAGCUCAAACCAAGGGAAGAAAACACAGACGCCGCCCCCGCUACCCCCGCCCCCUCGGCAGGUAUCGUGGGAGCUUUGAUGGAGGUGAUGCAGAAAAGGAGCAAGGCCAUUCACUCCUCAGACGAGGAUGACGACGAUGAGGAGGACGAGGACUUUGAUGAUGACGACGAAUGGGAAGAUUAG